AUGGAAGAUUAUGCGCGUAAAGAAAGUGAAUUUCAAGCAGGUAUUCCACCACGGCUAGUUUCGAUAUUCUACGCAGUAUUUCACGAGAAGCAGGGUCCAAAAGUGAUCUAUGAGGUGCCAGAAGGCUCAAUACUUCCAACCUCAGAGUCCACCAAACAACCAAUUUUAGAUUUCAACUCAAUAUCUGAAUACAUAAUUCCAAAAGAUUCACUAGCUGGACACCUAGUUACUGUGUGCACCGACUCUCAUAAAGUCCUCGGGUUCCCGGUGUAUAUUGACGCACACAAGUACAAAAAAGUUUAUAAGCGAAACAACUUCAUUUUUAAUUUGUGUUUUGUGUUUGAUCGUAACGCCGACACUAGUAGUUAUGAACCGGUGGUACGUAAAAUUGCGCGUGUUCUGACGAGUCUUGAAUUGGAGAGCGGGUUUCUGUACGAGAAAAAGAUGAUGUAUAAUGUUAUUGAACAGUUGUUGGAGGAUUUAAACAGUUAUUGCGAGUGUCAAAUACCCAUUAAUUCUGCUAAUACUAUCAAUUUGAAAUUGUUCCCAACUUACCCAAAUCCGCCCCCUGUUUAUGAUUAUCAAGUUCCUAUUUGCACCGUUAAUCUGGAAGUACUUAUGGACGUGAAUUGGGAUCUCACCAUGAAAAAUGUAGCGACACGUAUUAAUGGGAUACACCACGUAAAAAAGAUUGCGGACUUGGCAGAUGUUGAUCCUGGUCUUGCACGAAAGUGUAUGGAGCAUUUAUUGUAUUAUGGAUGUAUAAUAAUGGUGGAUAUAUUUCAGUUUUCAAAUGUCUAUGCUGUAAAACCAGAUAUAAUGCGAGUUCUUGAGGAUGAGGCGGUACAGAAUGAAUGUAUUUCCUAUGUCACCAAACUAGACGCGGGACCACCACCUUCAUUUAUAAAACUAUUUUCAUUGUAUUGUCAAUUGAAGUAUGGAGUUUCGUUGAAAGAGUGGAUUGAAGAGAAUCAAGUUUCUUCGUUGAAUAUUGAUAUAAGACGAUUUAUAACGUUUGGAGUAAUCAAAAGGUUCUUGUAUAGAGUUCAUAAGUAUCCUGUCCUUCCUGAAUUUGCGUUAUUGAGUAAUGGUGGAGGUGAUAGUAGUAAUACUAGCAAGUUACCAUUAAAUUUGCGGAAACUGCUCAAUGGUACACAUCAUUAUGACGAAAUUUGUACUGCAGAGAAUUGUAGUGCUAAAGAGUUGGAUGAAAAGUUGUCCGUUGAACCCAAGAUAUGGUUUAUUUGGAGAUGA